UAUGUUGUACGGCAACUUGGCAAUCUUGCCGCAACGAUUGCCUAAAUUACGUGAAUUUGUCAUUGCAGUUUCCGUCAAAAUUUACGGUGAUCGACAAAAAUGAAUCAUGUAAGAGCCAGGAUUACUUCUUAGUUUCACCAGACUAUGUCCACCAGUUUCCAGUCUUCAGGUCAGUUGUCGAAGGCUACCACAAAUGACACAAUGGAAACCGGUGGUCAAGUUGUCAAGACACCUCCGGUUACUGUCGGUCAGUCAUUCGGAAUCAUGCUGCCGCCCGGACAAUUGUUACAACAACAGCAGAGACUGCAGACUAGCCAGGCAUAUGUGGAAAAUCGCGGCGGUGUAACAUAUACACCUUUCACUGUUGCUGGGCAACAUGUUUCAAACUUUGCUGAGGCACAUGUGCGAUUGGCUAAAGAUGAGAAAGACGGCCACCAUAGUUUGACCCGGGCAUUGUUAGAUCCUUCUCAGUCCUCAGGUCUGACUAAUACGCAGUUCCAAAAAUUUCAGUCUGCUGCAUUUGCACAGGGGUCUGAGGGUUUGAACAAUUUGAAAGGUGAGAGGGGUGAUCUGGACGAUAAGGGCAUGUCCCCACUCUCCAUGGCUACUGUGUCAUUUCAGGAUGGGGGACAGCCCAGCCCAACAUCCAACUCACAAACAGGUACUCGUGCACUGCGCUUUCAGGCGUCGGGGAAUCCGGGAGAUGCCAUGCUAAGUGCCAUCAACUACAAUGACUCUGACAUGCUCCAAGAUGGUGGCUUCGAUGUUAGCAUGCCUACCAGUUUGCCGAAUCUAGAAGAUGGUCUUCUCAGUAACAUGACUGCUAGUGGUAAUGUCAGACUUUCAGAAAACCCUGGUACCACAACCUUUGACCUCUUUGAUGGCAAUGUGGCCGAGCCCUAUAAUAUGGAGUCUCUUUCCCCCCAACCUUUCCAUGAUGCAAAUCCCGGUUUUAACAUGGCUGACAACAGCAGUUUGGGUACUGUUGGUGAUGGGGAUAGCUCUGGUGGUCAUAUUGACCGACGCCCUUCCUCAGAGUCUCCUGUACCAGGAUCGGGAAAAGGACGAAUCAAGGGGAGGUCAUCCAAGGCAGGGUCGCCAGCUCGUUCCUCAGGUGUCCACUGUCCUAUUUGUGCCAAGAGCUUUAGUAACUCCAGUGCUUUAGCAAAACACAAACUUACACACAGUGAUGAGAGAAAGUAUGUCUGCUCAAUAUGUUCAAAGGCCUUCAAAAGACAAGAUCACUUAAAUGGUCAUAUGAUGACACACAGGGAUAAGAAACCAUUUGAGUGUACGAUGAAAGGCUGUGAAAAAAGUUACUGCGAUGCUCGAUCCCUGCGUCGUCACAUGGAGAACCACCAUAACCAGCAGAGCCCAGAGCCCCUCCAGUCCACCCAGGCAUUACCCUCUCAGCUGGUGGCGGCGGUGGGACAGAGUACGGUUCCUAACCCAGCAUCCUUAACAAACAACAUGGCUGUAAAUGCAGGCAUGGAGCUGCAGGCAGCGGCAGCAGCAGGGACACUGACAGCUGAGGGCACAACCGCUACUGUGUAUGCUGACUCUGGUGGUGGGGCAGAGGGAGGUACUGGUGGUAGUGGCGGCAGGAUUCACUUCACCCCUAGUCACCCGCCCUAUAGUCCUAGUCCUGCCAGCACCCCUCACCAAAGCCCAGGCUAUGCCAACACAAAACCCCAUUACUUUCAGUUUGAAACUCAGCAGCAGCAACAACAACAACAACAGCAGCAAGUCGCGCCUCCCCCACCACCUCCACCGCCACCCCCUCCUCCUCCCCCACCACAACCACAGGCUCAUUUUCAAACCACUAGUAGUAACCAGGUGUGGCAUCAAGAGGGUGGGGUGAUAUUUGUCAGCCAUGGACCUCCCCAUGCUCAAAACUCGCACAGCCCUAGGAGUGGGGAGCAGUCCCCGGGCUACCUCCAGCAGAUUAGCCCCAUCAGCCCUGCCCCUACCAGCCCUAUGCACCCACCCCAGUCCAGGGCACCGUGGAACCAGCUGGGAUACAGCCAGCCUCCCACAUCAGCAGACAUGAUGCUGAAACAGGGGAAUUUGCUGCCCAGCUUCACAGUGAAUCAUAAGCCGAGAAAACGGCGCAAAAACUCGGACCAAGGCUCCAAUGGAGACGAGAACAAGCCUGUCCAGUGCAGCAUGUGUAACCGACGAUUUAAGAACAUACCAGCACUUAAUGGUCACAUGAGGCUACAUGGUGGCUACUUCAAGAAAGUGCUAAAGGACAAUGCCAAGGAUGAAAAAAAGAAGGGAAAGAAAGCUGAGUUGUCUUCUCCUCCGCCGGGCCAUAUUAUUCUGUCUAGUAAGAUGAGUCAGGACUCCGGCACCUUCAAGCAACCAUUCCAAGCCCCAUCAGAGCAGCAAAACCUACAGAGUCCAGUUCAAGGUGGGCCAUUCGUGUUGCCCACUGGACAGCUGGAGCAGGAGCCUGGGCAGGAGCAUACAGGCCAGGAGCAACACUCUCCUCUCACCCCUACCCAUCCACCUCAACACCUGGGCAGCCCCCUCACCCAGCAACAGAACACCCUCCCAGAGCAGUCCAGCCAGCAGCAUCAUCAUAGACAUGUUCAGCAGCUUCUCCAGCAGCACAUCCAGAUGCAGUCAUUGAUGCAACAACAACAGCAAUUAGAACAACAACAACAGCAACUCCAGCAGCUACAAGAACAGCUCCAGCAGCACUUCCAGCACCAGCAGAGCCCUGACAGCCCAUCAUCCCCUCAUAUUGCCGUGCCAGUGCCCUCACCACCUGUAUCCAUGAGUCAGGGGGAGUCUUUAUCCUCUCGGGCCUGGCAUACUCCUGAUGUGACCAUCCAUGUCCCCUCCUCACCCAACCUUCCUGUCACACAGGCUGAUCCAUCUCAGUCCAGGGGCGUCUGGCAGGAGUUCACGCCUCACCAAGAAGCCGUGUUCCAACAACAACUCCAAACCAUACAGGACAUGCAGGACAUGCAGAAGCAGCUACAACAACAACAGCAGGUCGAACAACAGCUACAACAACAGCAGCACCACCAGCACCAUCAAGAGACUGGAGCAUCUCAGGUGGUGACAAUGGCAGGUGACAGUCCCCAGCAGCCUUACCCUAUCCUGCAGCAGCACAUCAUGUUAGGACCUUGUCUACAGCAAGGCUCCGGUGGGGGGGAACAACUCCAAUCUCCAGUGGAACAAAUGACACUUCAGACAUUUUCUGACGUGCUCCCUCAACAGGUUCAUCACGAGCCUCUACCUUCAACGCUUUCUAACAGUAUUGACACUUCAGAUGGGCUCUCCCAGCCUGUGUUUGUCUCGGCCACUCCCAUCACAGUGGGACAUAAUUUUAUUGGGGGUGAUCGCCAGCAGGACCUCACAGAUGCUCAGUUGCUGACCAGUGUUGUGGCCAGUAUCAUCUCUGGCCAGCACCCCCUGCCCUCAAUGGACCAGUCGCAGGGCCAGUUCCAUCAGAAUGGUGACAGCACGUCUCAUGCAGCUGUCUCUGACCACCCAGAGGUCAAUCUGGCUGAUGUCAACUUGCAUAAUGUACAUUUACCAUCCUCCACUAGUGUGUCAUAUGAAAGUAGACUGACAGAGAACAGCACAGACCCUAUCAUGGUGAACAAUUCUCUGCACCCAGCGACAUCGCUAGGUGACCCUCUUAUCGUCUCCUCUCAACCUUCAUUUGUCACUCAUCAUCAUCAUCAGCCGGGCUCAAGUAUUAAAAGUGUUGAAGACAAACUGUUCACCUCCCAGCUGCAAUCUAAACCUCCCAGUGAGAUAUCUCCCUUCACCUUCAGGCCAGUGAACACAGGUGGUAAUGAGCAUGGGACUGGGGACAGUAAGGCAAAUGUUGGGCAUGGCAAUGUUGCUAUUAACAGAGACAAGUAUUUACCAUUGCCUAUAGGCAGCACAUACACUCAGUCAGAGAAAGAACUGAAACCUCCAAGUCGAAAGCGACACAAAAGUGAGGGUGUUAUAGGGAUGGCAGCUAAACGCCCUUCUGCAAGCAACCUAGCCAUGCUCCUGCAGAAGGGGCCUGGGGCAUCCUCAGUUAGUAAAUCAGUAAACGCACAGUCACCUCACCCAGAAGGGGAGGCCAAACUCACAAAAACAGCUGAUGAAAGAAACAAACUGCUACAGCGAUCGAAGAGUGAGGAUCAUACAUUCAUGCGACCACGAAGUCGGGUGGAUGACCCAUACUACAGACCUCGAAGUCGAACUGAAGACUCUUUGCACCGUAGCAAAACUUAUCACCACGAGGACUUCCUGUCUCGCUCAGAUGGAGCUGGCAUCUUUAGAAAUCCAGGCUUGUCAUUGAGUCCUAUAAGAGCCAAGAAAAAGCAUCGCCCCGCCCCACUUAUCAUUCCUCCUCAUGUGAACAGUUGUGGCUUUCAAAGUCGCCUUAGGUCUCCACGUCUGUGGGAUGGGGGUGGAGACGGGAGAUUAAAGAGAGGAAGCACUCCGCCCCCGUACACUCCACCCCCAAUGCUUAGUCCAGUGCGGAGUGGAUCAGGCCUGUUCUGGAUGAUUCAUCCGGGAUUCCGACCCAUGACACCCAAGUCUGCUCCCAUAGCACCUCGUCUAUCACUCAGCCGGAGAGGCUCCUUGGCUACAGGGCCUGUCAAAGCUGAUACAAUAGAGGAGGAGCCAGAGAAUGAGGAGGAGGAAGAACCGCCCCCGGAAACAGACAUCCAACCGCAUGUCAAUAUUGGACCACAGUACCAAGCUGAUAUUCCACCUUUUAAUCCUAACAAGUCUGCAGCUCUCAAACAAAUGGACAAAGAGGAUAUGGUCUGGGACCCCAGCAUAAUGAAAGAGAUGUCUGUUACCGAUGAGGAUGUGCAUUGUUACCAGGACUUUGCCUGUUGUGCUGCCAUUCAUGGCAAUGGUGCCAAUGUGGAAUACGCAUUACAUCUGCUUCAUCUGACAAGAGGAAACAUCCAGGAAGCCAUGUUAAUGCUCAUGAAGGACUCACUGAAGCUUCCAACAGGGCACACCUUAUUAACAUACCAGUACCAAGAGGCAGAUAGUUGGAGCACAGAAGAAAUAGAAGCAUAUUACCAGGCUUUAUUGAAGAGUGAUAAGGACUUCUUCUUGAUAGCCAAUGAGGUCGCAAGCAAAUCGGUAAAGCAGUGUGUUCAGUUUUAUUACCUGUGGAAAAAAGUGUGUCCGGACGAAUACAAGCGAUUACGUAUUGUGCGAAGAAAGAAGGAACAUGAUGAACUGUACAACCUGCGAUCACGAACAGCCCCAGACCAGGCACCUCUGACAGGAGAACAAAUGUCUGAGUCUGACAGCAGCACUGAUGAGGAACAGGAUACCAUGGAGGAGCAACCCACAGUCAGCGAAACGCACAGUGCCCAGGAUGUGGAGAGACAGACUGCAACCCCAGUGGCCAGCGUGGUGUCCCCUGCCCGCAGCGUGACCCCUCCCCGAACUGUGCCCUCACCAGCCACUGUUUACACGUGUGAGAUACCAGACUGCAGUGCUACUUUCACCUCAAAACAGGCAUUAAGUAGUCACCAGAAGCUUCACAGUGUUCUUCACAGCCAUAGCUAUGUUCAGCUGGCCGUCCAUGCCACAACACCAUCCCGGCCAGAGCCUCCACUCCCAGUCAGCACCCAGCCUCCCAGGGUUAAUCAGGUGUACACAACAAGUGUACCUCAGCCUAAGGUCCAGCGCCGGCCGCCUGGUCCCCGCCCCACGGCCAAGAAACCCUCCCAGCCUGUGCCUCCCCCUAACCCUGGCGAUGAGAUAUUCCCCUGUAAACUCUGUGGAAAGGUGUUUUACAAAGUUAAGAGUCGAAGUGCCCAUAUGAAGAGUCAUCGAGAGGCUGAAAGGAACAAAUCUCGAGCGCAGACUGUCCAUCGAUGAUUGGAAGCAGCUGGGGGAUAUUUUAUCCAAUGGACUGACCACGGACCAUGCCAGAGUGGGAGGACUGGUGAAUACCAAAGCCUUGUGUCUACAGCACUUGAAAACAACUUUACGAAAGAAUGCAUAAUAGCAUUGUGAUGUGCACUGAUGGGCAGCAGUGGGAGUUUGUGUGGAAUACCUCAUGACAAGUUCUGGAGUGAUAUACAGGGUACACACAUGUACAUGGGCAGUUUAAGCCAAAAUUCAUUGGAUGUGCUCAUUGGGAAUGCCUAACCAAGCAAGCUGGAUUAAAGUGCGUGCUUCAGUUGUUUUCAGUCCUUCUGCCAAAGACACAUUACACAUCCAAAGUUCUCUUAAUGCGGCCAGGAAAUUGUGGGACAAUUUUUAUCGAAUACCGAUAUUUUGUGAAGAUGUAACUUUGUGUAAUCAUGUUUAAACAGAGAUUUUCCUGAAGGAUUUUUAAUGAAUUUUGUGAUGAUAGAUUGCUCAUACUAUAAUGCCAUUGGAUCAGAGUGGUUUUUAUUUGGAUAUAUACAUCUUGUUGAUUUAUAUCUUUUUUACUCCCUACAAAAUUUUGCCUGUGUAGAAGUUUGGCAUAAAUGGUGCUAAUCCUUGUAGAUUUCUCUGUCAUAAUUAUUUUGUGAAAGUAAAAACUCAUUGCUGAAAACCAAGCAUGACCUGCUGCGUACAUGUUAUGUAUGAUGUACAUACAGUGUGUAUUAUUAAGUAUGAGUUACAUGCACAGUGUGUACUGUAAUGUACUGUAUACUGUGUGUGCUGAUGGUGUAAUGCACGGUGUAAACUGUUAAGUAUAAGAUACAUUGACAGUGUGUGCUGUUAAGUGUGAGGUACAUGCACAUUGCAAACUGUCAACAUUAAUGGCAUACACGUACAGUGUAUACUGUGAUGUACUCCAUAUGGUCUGUGCUGUUCAGUAUGAGGCACAUGAAGUAUGAGGUACAUGUACAGUGCAAACUGUUAAGUGUGACUACUGACAUACACGUACAGUGUAUACUGUGAUGUACUCCAUAUGGUCUGUGCUGUUCAGUAUGAGGCACAUGAAGUAUGAGGUACAUGUACAGUGCAAACUGUUAAGUGUGACUACUGACAUACACGUACAGUGUAUACUGUGAUGUACUCCAGAUGGUCUGUGCUGUUCAGUAUGAGGCACAUGAAGUAUGAGUGCACAGUGCAGACUGUGAAGUAUUACACAUAUACAAUGGGUACUGCAAUGUACUCUAUACAGUUUGUUUGUUUGUACUUGCUUUGUUCAAUGUGCACUGUUCUGUACUUAAGACAGUAGGAUGGACCAUAAUGAUAUAGAACAAAAGCAGCAUAAAAUGUUCAGGGAAGGACCCUGAACAUGUGUAUAUAUUAUAAAGGAUACUUUAGACUGUGAGCAAGGAGCCUCUGUGAGAUUGACAUGUAGAUAUGUACAGUAGCAUAUUUGUAUUUGCUAGAUGAACAGUGACCUUGAGCAGCGAGGGAUAUUUUCCAGAGAGUGACCAGCAGAUACUCCUCUCAAACGUUACUACUAUAAUUGUUCUUUUAGAACAAACAUUUCUAAUGCUAAAAGCUAAAAUUACAUUUCUCUCCCAUUUUCUUUUUUCAUAAAAGUAAAGAUAUGUAUGCGUUAUUCAUAAGAUGGACUAACAAUGUGGGAAAGGAAAAACUGUCCAUUCUUGUCAAAAAAUAGCUAGAACUAGCUAGACUAGAAAAAAAAUCCAAAAAAUUAGGAGAAUCCAGUAAGGUAUGUUUCAUCUUAACAACUGGUUUAAUUAUCAAAGUUGAAUUGAGCUGAGAAGGCCAACAAAUAAAUCAUUCGUUUAAUGUAGAAAUUUAAAAUCAGAGCAAGAAGAGAUUCUCAAGUGUAACCAUUAACAUUUUGUCAAAUUUUGUGUUAAAUCAGCAUUCAUGCAGAUGUUAGUGUAGAAUAAACAUCUUGAGUUUACACGUGUUCUCCCUGAACUGCUGAACAAUACAGUUUUCAAAUCAGAGAGAGAGAUGGAGACAAAUGUGGUAAAUUUGGUAUUUGGUUAUAGGCUGCAGUUGUGCUUUUUUUUUGCAGUCAGUGAAUUUGAUGAUAAAAUGUGUCUGUGUCAUGUCAGCAGUGAGAAAAACAUAUAUAUAUUAGGAUAUGUUUUUAUCCAGGACUGCACAUUUUGGUGCUAAAUGGACUAUCUGUAUCAUUCACUCAUUGUCAGUCAAGAUUCUUGAUACAGAGAAUGUCAGCUGAGCAAUUUGGAGAAGAGAAAAACUGAAUUCUUUACCAAAAAAUAGGUAGAGAAACAAAGAAUGCACACAGAACUUUUUUCUUUCAAUGAAGGUAAAUCUUUGGCCAUAGGUUCAGUUUAACAUUUGUCUUUUCCAGGGGUUAUAACUUUAGAUGUCUGAUACAGCUACUUGCGGGAGUCUUGGAUGGUGCCUACCCAUAGGUAGUUCUAUUUCUAUUGAAGACCACAUAUUUACUCAUUUAACUAGAUUUGGGUAAUAAAUUAGACCACAUAAAGCAGCCUGUUUUUUGUCUCAACACUCCUUUCUCUUCCACGGUAAAAUUAAAAUUGUCUGCUGGACACCUUGAUAAACCACAAGUAAGGAGAGAACUGCUUUAGUGACUGAAUUGCACAUGCCGAUGUGUGUAUAUUUUGUACUACUAUAUGCUGCUAAGAGAAGUAGGGGAUCUGUACGUAUGUUGUAAAUACUCAUGGUGCUACAUGGUCUGUGUACUGGGGCAUGUAUACGACUGAAGCCUCUUCAGUCAGUUCUAUUUUAUUUUUAUACUUUAGAUAUUUUAGACUAUCUAGCUCUCCAUAUUUCCCAUUUUUACUCCCCGUGUUUGAAAUUAUCCUACAAGGUGCAUUUGUGCUAUCUAGAGAACAACAUACAUGUAUAUUGAUCAUAACACUUUGAUUCAUUUAUAGUGUUACGUAUGGACUACAACGUAGCUGAAAUGUCAGCGUGUGACUUUGCUCUCAGCAUUGAUGUUCACAUGUGUACAGAUUCGAGUUUUAUGAUGUGUAAAUAGAAAUUCAGAAUACUAUUCAAUUCAGUACAAUUUUCAAUUUAAAGUUAUGCUGAUAAUUGUCAGGCCAGGUUUAAUUUUGAACCUACAAAAUGAAAUGAAGAAAUUUAGUCCUGCUCAGUGAAUACAUGUAUAUUUUUCAGGUUGUUGCAUGUAUAUGUACUUAUUAUAUAUUUUCCAGGUGCAUGUAUAACUCAUUUACCCUCGUUACUAGCAGCUCUGUAGAUUCAAGGUCUGGUAGGUGAAUGAAUUAAUGCAGAUUCCCUUCACCCAACUCCUCCACUCUUCAUUCUAGUACAUGGUACUGGUGACAUCAGCAGCCUAAGUGUCUUUUUUUGUAGCUUCAUCGUAAGUGUAUAGAGUAUGUGGUUCAUGUAGCAGCUUAUCACCACAUGCUCAUGCAGCUUUGUUCUUGUAAAGCCUUGUUAAAUAUUGUACAAUUAUUAUCUUCCCCACACAGAUCUUUUGCCAAUGAAUUAAGAAUUGUCCUGGGGUAUGAAAUUUCUAUAUCCUUGUAGAUAUGUGUAUAUUGCAGAGAAUUUGAAAUUUUUAUUGAUAUAUUGUGAUACCCUGUGUGUCUGUCUGUCCGUCUUUAGAUACUCACCUUGAGCAGAUCAGAUUAUAGUGUUAUCAGGCAUUGUUUGUUAUUACCUACUGCAGAUGUUGUUUGGUGUGGAAGUUGCUACUGUCUACAGUAGAUGUGGAUAUGGUAAUGUGGAAGUUGCUACUGUCUACAGUAGAUGUGGAUGUUGUAGUGUGGAAGUUACUACUGUCUACAGUAGAUGUGGAUGUUGUAGUGAUAGUUUUGUACUUGUGAGUGAUUAUGUUGUUCUUUUAAACCAGUAGACCUCUACAUUUACAUGACAAUGCCUUAGUAAUCUGUUGUUGUUUGUUUUUGUU